AUGACAUUUUAUUGUGAAGUCAUAUCAAAACUUUUAUGGGCUUGGUGGAAGAGAGAGAAUUGUGGCUGGAGGAGAAAAGCAUGGAACAACACAGCAACACGGUGUUGGACAUGGAGAACUCGCCUCGACGAUUAUCGAGCUGUCUAUUCCCGCAACGCAAACGGCGAUACACCUUUGCACAUCGCUGCUCUGAUUGGAGACGUAAACAUAGUUACGACCCUGUUAGAUUAUGGAUGGAAAACGUGUUCUGCACGAAACAACAACAACAACCAAACACCUCUCCACUUAGCUUUCCGCAGCAUUUCCAUCGAGGCUGCAAGACUCGUUGCCGAAGAGACUGAUUCAGUUGGCUUCGAUGAACUCAACUUCGCAAUAUCAAGUGGAUCCGCUUAUCAGAGCCAAGUAGUUUUAGGUCCUGUUUCACCAAUGUCUUCGAAGAAGAGCAUCGAUCUCGGAUCCAUUUUCCGUAAAGCAGCAUCUGUCGCAGCUAAGCAUGCAAUAGCAGCUGCUACCGCCACAUAUGAUGAAGACGAGAUGUUCCCUCUGAAAUGCUGCUUAAUGUCCAUCUCAUUGCCGUGGGACACUAUUGCUCAUGAUCUCUUAUUCAAGGUAACAAAUGAUUUCAUUUUCAACAUAAGGGUCAUUAGAUAUUUUUCUUGGGCUGAUCGAUUCCACCAGUAA